UCAAGAGUGAAACAAACUUUCGUGAACUUUGAAAGUGCUGUCAUUUACUCCAAAUCUUUUAUACUCUUCACCUUCAGUAUCAGAAAAGCCUACUGACGUGUAAUUUAAUUUUUUAAUUUAAACUUUAUUUUAUUUAUUUGACUAUUUUAUUAAAAAAUGGACCAUACUAUGGAAGAUAUGUUACACACUAGUCACACAAAUUAUACACCUCGAUCGAGAGGGAAACAACAAUUCAGUUUAGGAGGUGUAACUUGCAUUUCUGCAGAAGAAGAUGCAGAUAUAGAUGGAUUAGAUGAACUGUUGCAUCAAACAUGGAAUGUUUUUGGAGUGUCUACUUUAUUCAAUUUCCAUUUAGAUGAAGUACAUUUAAAACAAUAUGCAAAACGAUUAAGAGAAGAACUUGCAAACAAUUUAGCACAAGAAAAUGUUACAUAUAGUGCACAAUUUUCUGUUAUGGAUAAUAUAACAUCAAGGCCUAGUUCAUUGGAUCCACUACCAAUCAAGAUUAAUGUAUAUGCUAAAAAUAACAGUUAUGAAACUGCUGUGGAAAAGAAUAUUUAUAAUGGGAUACUUUUAUCUUGGAGAACUAGUAAAGGUGAAUUGACUGUCGCUAAUUCUAUAAGAUUACCUCUUUUACUAUGUCGUGGCACACGAAAUACUAUGAGAACUGUUCAUAAUGUAUUAAAUCUUAUGUUUGAUUGUAUAAUUAUUGCAUUGCCUGCUCAGGAACAUGAUUUAAUAUGGCUUGUUCCAAUUAUAAUUACCCCAACUAGUAAGGAAGAAUAUCCAAAACGCACAGAUGAAAUUUGUAUGGUUUAUAAAAUACCAGAACACUCAGAUACAAUUGCAAUAAAAUGUUGUGUUUUAGAUUUAAUAAAAUUUUUAGAAGUAAUUAUGAAGGAUAAAAAUGAUGCAGAAAUUUCUUUUAAUCUAGAACAUAUAGAAAUGUUUCGUGAAGCUUUAUAUACGCAAAUACAAGAAUCUUCUGGUUUACAAUUAGGAUUGUGUACAUUAUACAAAAUUCAUCUUCCUGUACUUACAAUAAUGGAAAAUAAGAUGAAAGUAAUGACUACUGAUGCCAUGAAUCGUGUUCUAUUAUAUUUAAAUGAAAAAGCUGUUGAUACGUUUCAUACUUUAAAUUUUGAGACUCAUGUUGUAUAA